AUGCCCCAUAACACCAUGCCUCAUAUCGAAGUGCCCGGAAACCACAUCCAAAUUGGCGGAAGAAAGUCCAAGUUGGCUGUCUUGCAGCUGGAAAUUGUCAAGCUGGAAAUCCAGGAGCACUUCCCCCAUCUCUCGUGUGACAUUUUGGCACUCAGUACUUUCGGCGACAAAGUGCAACUGAAGCCGCUCUAUUCGUUCGGUGGAAAGUCAUUGUGGACCAAGGAGCUAGAAGCGCUUUUACUCGAGCUGAUCGGCGAUUUCCCCAAGUUGGAUUUGAUUGUCCACUCGUUGAAGGACAUGCCCACAAACUUACCCGACGAAUUCGAGUUGGGCUGUAUUUUGAAGAGAGAGGAUCCAAGAGAUGUUUUGGUCAUGCGUCCGGACUCUCCUUGGAAGACUCUCGCCGAAUUGCCAAUUGGAGCUGUGGUUGGAACCUCUUCGUUGAGAAGACAGGCUCAACUCCUUAAAGCUUACCCACACUUGAGAUUCCAGGAUGUCCGUGGUAACCUCGCCACUCGUUUGUCCAAAUUAGAUGCAGCUGACUCUCCAUACUCUUGCAUUGUCUUGGCUGCUGCCGGUCUCAUCAGAGAAGGCUUGGCACACAGAAUAACUUACUCCCUCGACGUUCCAGACAUGUACUACGCUGUAGGACAAGGAGCCUUGGGUAUCGAAAUCCGCAAAAACGAUCCGGUCAUGAAGCCGCUCCUUGCACAAUUAGAGCACCUCCCGACAACAUAUCGUUGUGUGGCCGAAAGAACCAUGAUGAACAUAUUGGAAGGUGGUUGUUCGGUGCCUUUAGGAGUUCACACCCAAUACGAUGUUGAUUCAGAAGAACUCUACUUCAAGGGUGUCAUUGUGAGCCCAGAUGGCACUGAAUCUGUCGAGGCAGAAGUUAUCACGCUUGUCUCUAAUAAGGCCGACGCAGAGAGAGCCGGCGAGCAGAUGGCUAAGAAGUUGAUCCAACUAGGCGGCAAAGACAUUUUAGAUGCCAUCAACUUUGAGAAAAUCAACCAAAGACCAGUCAAGGUAGAGGAAGUACCUUUGGCUAAAAAGGUGCUUUCCAUCUAG